CACUCCUCCCACAGGAGGAAUACCUCCCCCUGCCCGUGCUCCUCCCCCAAUACACUGGAUGUGCCCCAGUCACCCGUCAUGCCACCCCACAGCAGGAGGGGGCGUCCUAGCUGUGCCAGCAUGAUCUCCAACUGGAAGUUGCUGCUGAGUAGCGAGACCCAGACGCAGAGCGAGACCAUCUUCAGCCGGCUGGCUAAGGAGUGCUGCGAGGAUGUGUUCGUGGACAAGACAGGUCUAGACGACGGAGACCAGAAGGUCAUCAUCAACAUCGCCGGGCUACGCUUCGAGACGCAGCUCAAAACCCUCGACCAGUUCCCUGAGACCCUUCUGGCGAACCCUACGAAGAGGAUGGACUACUUUGACCCCAUGAGGAAUGAGUAUUUCUUUGACAGGAACCGGCCCAGCUUCGAUGGCAUCCUGUACUACUACCAGUCAGGAGGAAAGAUCCGUCGGCCGGCCAACGUUCCGCUGGAUGUGUUUGCUGAUGAGAUCGUGUUCUAYGAGCUGGGGAGUGACGCCAUGGAGCAGUUCAGGGAGGACGAGGGCUUCRUCAAGGAAGUGGAGAUCCCUCUCCCGACCAAYGAGAUGUACCGGCAGUUCUGGCUGCUGUUCGAGUACCCCGAGAGUUCCAACGCGGCACGCGGCGUGGCGCUGGUCUCCGUGUUUGUCAUCGUUAUCUCCAUCAUCAUCUUCUGCCUGGAGACGCUACCGGAGUUCCGGGAUAACUCCCUGGACCCCGUCCUACCCACCACCGUCACGCAKCUGAUGCCUUUCAAUGGGAACCUAUCGUUGGGCGGCCAUGGGUCCUUGUUCCCGCCCUCGCCCACACCCAAAACCAUCACCUCCACAUUCUCCGACCCGUUCUUCAUCAUCGAGACGGCCUGCAUCGUCUGGUUCUUCUUCGAGCUGGUGGUGCGCUUCGUGGUCUGUCCCUCCAAGAGCAACUUCUUCCACAACCUCAUGAACAUCAUCGACAUUGUCUCCAUCAUCCCGUACUUCGUCACCUUGGUAACGGAGCUGGUCACCACCCCGGACCAGAACUCCAGCCAGAACAUGUCCCUGGCCAUCCUUCGUAUCAUCCGUCUAGUCAGGGUGUUCAGGAUCUUCAAGCUGUCUAGACACUCCAAGGGGCUCCAGAUCCUGGGCCAGACCCUGAAGGCCAGCAUGCGGGAGCUUGGCCUCCUCAUAUUCUUCCUCUUCAUCGGAGUCAUCCUCUUCUCUAGUGCCAUCUACUUUGCUGAAGUGGACGAGCCCAGCACCCAGUUCGUCAGCAUCCCUGACGGCUUCUGGUGGGCCGUGGUCACCAUGACUACGGUGGGCUACGGCGACAUGUGCCCGAUCACCAUGGGCGGUAAGAUGGUGGGGACGCUGUGCGCCAUCGCCGGCGUGCUGACCAUCGCCCUACCCGUCCCCGUCAUCGUGUCCAACUUCAACUACUUCUACCACCGGGAGACGGAGGCGGAGGACAAGCAGCCGUUGGCGGAUGCAGCAGAGCUGGCCAUGAAGGCCUCAGGAGAGAGUAAACAUGGGAGUAGCAGCUCUCUGAACAAGACCAACGGGACCUGGCAGGGUGACAAGUUCACUGGCCUCUGAGAUUUACAGAGACUGACCGGUCCACUGUAGAAGAGACAAUGUGUGACAGAGAGACACAGAUAGACUGACCUGUCCAUUGUCUGGGGCAGAGAGCUGUAGACUGACCUGCCCACUGUCUGGGGCAGAUAGAUAUAGACUGACCUGCCCACUGUCUGGGGCAGAUAGAUAUAUUCUGACCUGUCCACUAUGGAAGAUUGAGACAGAGAAAGGCAGAGGGACA